AUGGCAUCAUGCUUUAUUUGUUUAGUUGGUGUAAAUUCUUUUAAAAGUCUUAUCAGGCAUAUAAAAUUAUUUCAUUCUUUUGAGAAUAUAAUAGAGUACAAAUGUAUAGAACCAUCAUGCGGAAGAAGUUAUAACUCUUUUGAUUCUUUUAGUAGACAUUUGUUAACUCAUACUUUAGUGAACCAAGAGUCUUCUAGCAAUUUACAUAUAGAACCAACACAGAUUGAUGAUAUUUUGAAUCAACAAUCUAAUGAACAACUAGAAAUAAGUUCUUGUAGUAACAUAUCUAUUAAGGCAUUCAAGAAUCUAGUUACUGAGGAUGGAAUAAUGCUUAUAUCAAAAUGGUAUAAUGAAGCGGUUGUACCUAGGAACAAAGUGCAAAUUCUUAUAAAUGACUUAAAUGGAUUUAAUGAUAAGUGUAUGCAAAUUCUAAAAAAAGAAGUAUUAGAUAAUUUAAAAAAAAAUAAUUCUGAUGAAAAUUCAAUUAGUAAAAUAUCAGUUAUGUUCGAUGUUAUUAAUGAUCCGUUUCAAAAUUUAAAAACCGAUCAUAAACGAUUAAAAGUUUUGGAAGAGUUAGGAGUUUAUGUAAAACCAAUUGAAAUCGCUAUAGGUAGUAGAAAUAAAAAUAUCACAAAAAAUGAUGAUAUUGUAAUUAAUUUAGUUAAUGUAAAUAUUUGUUUUAUUCCACUAAGAUGUAUUUUUAAAGUGUUUUUUGAACAACCAAAUGUAUUAAAAACAGUUCUUGAGUAUUUUAAGCGUUUAAAUUCUAUGACUGGGGGAAUUGUUUGUAGUUUUGUGCAAAGUGAAGUUUGGAAAGUUAAAUGUCAAAGUAGCCCAGAUAAAAUAAUCAUUCCUUUUUUUUUAUAUUUUGAUGAAUAUGAAACAAAUAAUCCUCUUGGUGCUCAUGCUGGGAAAAAAAAAUUAGGGGCAGUUUAUGUAUCAUUUGGGUCAUGCCUCCCUCCAGAAUUUCAGUCUUCAUUAAAUUACAUUUUUCUUGCUCUUCUUUUUAUUGCUAAUGACCGUAAGGAGUUUGGAAAUAAAAAUAUAUUUAAAGAAUUAAUUAAUGAAAUUAAUUAUUUACAAAAAGAUGGUAUAAUUGUGAAUGUAGAAAGUCAAAAUUACACAAUCUACUUUUCAUUGGCAUUAAUCAUAGGUGAUAACUUGGGCUUACACUCAAUGCUAGGUUUUAGUGAAGGCUUUAAUGCAAAUUAUCCUUGUCGUUUUUGUUUGUGUUCUAAAAUUGAAUGCAAUUAUUUAGUAAGUCAAGAUGACAGUAAAAUGAGAAAUACAGAAAAUUAUUCACAGGGUAUAACCAUAGAUAAUUUAUCGCUUACAGGCAUCAAUGAAUUGUGUGUAUGGAACCAAAUUGAUGGUUUCCAUGCAGUUCACAAUCAUUCAGUUGACCUAAUGCAUGACAUUUUGGAGGGGGUUUGUUCUUAUGAUUUAUGUGGUAUAUUAUAUGAAUUUAUAAUUAAUUUAAAAUACUUUUCUUUAGAUACACUAAACAAUCGUUUACACUAUUUUAAUUAUGGUCCAUUAGAGGUCCAAAACAAACCUCAGUCAAUAACAAUGGAUACAAUAAGAAAUAAAAAAAAAUUAAAAAUGUCAGCAAUUGAAGUUUUAUGUUUUAGCAGACAUUUAGGUGUUCUAAUUGGUGACCUUGUACCUAUUAAUUCGGAAUUUUGGCAGUUAUAUAUAUUACUUCGACAAAUUAUACAGAUCGUAACGUUAAAGUCAAUUCAACCAGAACAUAAUUUAUUACUAAAAACACUUAUAACUGAACAUCAUGAGUUGUAUUUAAAAUUGUUUCGUACCAACUUAAAACCAAAGUAUCACCACUUAUUACAUUAUCCAUUAAUAAUGAGUAAAGUUGGGCCUGUAUCUCACUUAUGGUCGAUGAGAUACGAGUCUAAACAUAGAGAGUCAAAGCUAACGGCCCAUUCUAUUACCAGUCGGAAAAAUAUAUGCUAUACACUGAGUAUUAAACACCAACUAAGACUUGCACAUCGAUUAUUAUCUAAAUCGAAUACACUAUCUUUAUCUUUAGAAUCAUCAAACGUAGGAAAAGUAAUAGAUAUGUCUAUAAAUGAGAUAGAAAAAAUACAAAAUAAUUUAUUAAAUCAGACUACAAAUUUAAAUUCUGUUAGUUUUGUUUCGUGGGUUCAGGUGAAAGGCACUCGUUACACAACCAAGCAGAGAAUGAUUAUUAUAAUUGAUGUUGAAGAUAUGCCUAUAUUUGUCAUUAUAAAAUAUAUUUUCUUUAAACUCCAAUGUGACAUACCAUUUUUAAUUGGUCAACGUAUAAGUACAAUAGGGUUUAAUGAACAUUUACAAGCAUAUAAAAUAAAAAAUUGUGAUGAUCUAUUAUGUAUUUCAUUUGAUGAUCUACUUGUAGAACAAAGUCCUUGUGUUUGUAGCACAAUGUCUGAUGGUUGUACAUAUGUAUCUUGUAAUUUUUAA